AUGUGGGUGGUACUGCUUCUGGUCAGCGCGGCCCUGGCUCACCCCCCCACUGAGCCCUUCGACGGCAACCGAGUUUUCCGGGUCAGCGUAGCAGAUGAAGAUCACAUCAACCUGAUUAAGGAGCUGGCUGACACCAAGCAGAUUGACUUCUGGAAACCAGAUUCUGUCACUCAAAUCAAGCCCCAUACUUCCGUGGAUUUCCAUGUGAAGUCAGAAGACGUCACCACUGUGGAAGACUUUCUGGAGCAGAAUGAACUCCCAUAUGAGGUCCUGAUAAGCAACAUGAGACACGUGAUGGAGGCUCAGUUCGACAGCCAUGCCCGUGCCAGUGGACACAGCUAUACAAAGUACAACAACUGGGAAACGAUAGAGGCCUGGACUCAGCAAGUCGCCGCUGAGAAUCCACAACUCGUUUCCCGUACAGUCAUUGGAACCACAUUUGAAGGACGUUCCAUGCACCUUCUCAAGGUUGGCAAAGCUAAACCAAACAAGCCUGCCAUCUUCAUGGACUGUGGUUUCCACGCAAGAGAAUGGAUUUCCCCUGCAUUUUGCCAGUGGUUUGUGAGAGAGGCUGUUCGUACCUAUGGAAAAGAGAUCCACAUGACAGAGCUUCUUAAUGAAUUAGACUUUUAUGUCCUGCCUGUGGUCAACAUUGAUGGCUACGUCUACACCUGGACCAAGAACCGAAUGUGGAGAAAGACCCGUUCUACCCGCUCUGGAACCUCCUGCGUGGGGGUGGACCCCAACCGAAACUUCAACGCCGGCUGGUGCGAAACUGGAGCCUCUCGCAGCCCCUGUGAUGACACUUAUUGCGGCCCUGCCCCCGAGUCUGAGAAGGAGACCAGGGCGCUGGCUGGCUUCAUCCGCAGCCACCUGUCUUCCAUCAAGGCUUACCUGACAAUCCACUCGUACUCACAGAUGCUGCUCUACCCUUACUCCUACGCCUACAAACUGCCCGAGAAUAACGUGGAGCUGAACAACCUGGCAAAAGGUGCUGUGAAAGAACUCGCCUCCCUGCACGGCACCAGGUACACCUACGGCCCCGGAGCCACAACCAUCUAUCCUGCUGCUGGAGGCUCGGAUGACUGGGCUUAUGACGAAGGAAUAAAGUACUCUUUCACCUUCGAGCUCCGGGAUAGAGGCAGGUAUGGCUUCAUGCUUCCUGAGUCCCAGAUCCAGGCGACCUGUGAGGAGACAAUGCUCGCCAUCAAGCACAUCGCCAGCUACGUCCGGGACCAUCUCUACUAG